UAAUUAAGAUCGAUGGCGAGGCGGAAGAUCAAGAUCAAGAAAAUUGACAAUGUAACGGCGAGGCAAGUGACCUUCUCUAAGAGGAGACGAGGGAUCUUCAAGAAAGCUGAAGAGCUUUCUGUGCUGUGCGAUGCUGAGGUUGGUCUUGUUAUUUUCUCAGCUACUGGGAAGCUCUUUGAAUAUCCUAGCUCAAGCAAUUGGCAAGUUAGGCAUGGUAGACAUUCAUGCACCAACUUGAGGGGGAGUGUUAAAAUCCAAGUAGAGAAUAAUAGCAACAACAUUGAAUUGAGUAAGGAAACUGCUGAUAAAGCCCAGCAACUAAGGCGGAUGAAAGGUGAGGAUUUUCAAGGGCUAAACUUGGAUGACUUGCAACAACUGGAGAGAACACUUGUAACAGGACUCAAGCGCGUGAUUGAGACAAAGGAAAAUCGGAUUAUGGACGAGAUUGUUGCAUUUCAGAAUAAGGGAAUCGAGUUAGAAGAUGAGAACAAGCAGUUAAAGCAAAAGAUGGCUAUGCUGUGUAAGGAAAAAAGUUCUUUCCUGGUGGAGUCAGAUAUUGCCAUGAAGGAAGUUGUCUCAUCAGAAUCUAUGAAUAAUGUCUGCAGCUGCAACAGUGGCCCCUCUCUUGAGGAUGAUUCCUCUGACACAUCUCUUAAGUUAGGGUUGCCCUUUCCUAAUUAAAAUGAUACGAUGUAAAUGUAACAUUAAUAAGGAAUUCUUACUUCUUGUGACUUAACUUCUAUGGAUUCCAUAA